AUGUACGACAGUCAAAGUAUAGUAAAUUUAGAGGAGAAUUCAAAUCUCUUUUCAAAAUUGAAAUCGGAAUAUCCUACUUCAGGUCCAUUAGAAGAUAGUGAAAAUAUUAAAUCUCAACCAAAUGUUCUUCCUGGAGAUGAUCCAGCAUUAUGGAUCAUAAAUGAUACUACAGGAGAUUUUAUAUCAUUACAUGGUUUUAAUCAAAAUAUCGAUGGGAACAACUUUUUAAAGUCAAAAAGAUUAUGCUCUAAAAUUUUAGAAAAUGACGUUAAAUAUUGGAAAGAUGUUUUGCGCAGAGUAACCGCAGUAGUAAAAUCAUUGUGUUCAAGAGGUCUUUCCCUUAGAGGAAGUGAUGAUAACUUUGGGAAUUCUCAUAGUGGAAAUUUUAUCAUGUGCUUAGAGCUUGUUGCAGAAUUCGACCCAUUUUUAGCUAGUCAUAUAAAAAAGUAUGCAAAUAAAGGAAAAGGAGGUACGUCAUACUUGUCACUUAAUACUUUUGAAGAGUUUGUUAAGCUUAUGGGACAAAAAGUACGUGAAACAAUAAUUAAAGAAAUUAAAAAAGCUAAAUAUUUCUCAAUUGUUGUGGAUUCGACACCAGACGUAUCUCAUACAGAUCAACUUUCCUUUAUUUUUCGAUAUGUUAUAGACAACGGUGAACCAGUAGAGCGAUUUUUACAUUUUCUUCCGAAUACUGGACAUAAAUCUGAAGACUUAGCUAAAGUAGUAUUUAACGUUCUUGAAUCGAAUACUUUGGAUAUUCAAAAUUGCCGAGGCCAAUCUUAUGACAACGCGUCCAAUAUGUCUGGGAAAUAUACAGCUCUUCAAGCUCGAAUAAAACAAGUUUGCCCCCAUGCUGUAUAUGUUCCAUGUUCAGCACAUUCUUUAAACUUGGUUGGAGAAUGCGCUGCUAAUUCCAGAGGUUUGUUAAGAAAACUACAAAGUUUGGAAAUGGGAAUAAUGGUCUCCGUUUGGAGCGAUGUACUUGAACGAUUUAAUGUAACUAGUAAGAAACUUCAAGAAGUAAAAAUUGAUUUGAAAACUGUUUUAUCAUUAUAUAACUCCUUAAUCAAGUACUCUGAAGAAUUAAGAAAUAAUUUUGAUUUAUAUGAGCAAAAAGGAUUUGAAAAAUGUGGAAUUAAAGAGUAUAAAGACAUAUCCAGUAGAAAGAAAAAAAGAAAAUUGGCUUUUGGAGAAACUCGAGACGCUGAAGCAAAAUUAACUCCAAGAGACAAAUUUAGAAGUCAAAUAUAUAUAUCAAUCAUGGAUUCUCUUAUUUUUGAAUUGAAUAAAAGGAUGAGCGCUUAUGAAGAGAUUAAUAAAAAAUUUUCUUUUUUUUUUCGGCUUCAAAUGUUAAGUAUCACAGAAGUUCGAAAACAAGGAGAUUAUUUGAGGAAGUGUUAUCCUAACGAUUUACCUGUUACAUUUCCAAAUGAAUGUGUUCAUUUUAGAAGCUAUUUACUAACAAAGUAA